AUGAUAAUUACAUUAAAAAUUAUUUGUUUGAUAGUAUUAUCUACUUUUAUGAUGAUAAGCAGUGAAGAACCAAUUUCAGUACAUUUUCAACCAUCUUAUCAAAUGGUAGUAUUUCUUACGGGGAUAUUACUCCUUGUAUGUAGGAUGUUUUUUUACAUUCUUCCACCAACAACUUCUUCUGAAAAGAUUGCCGUUUUUAACAGAAUGAGACUUUUAUGGGACAUUGCCUUUUUUUCUAUUACUUUAGAAAGUAAUGCAACAGAACGUUUAUUAGUAUUAAUUGUUAUUUUUACUGUUAAAUUUUUUGAUGGUAUGAUCUAUAUAAAAACACAAAGUACAUUAAAAAAUGAAUUAGAUAAAAGAGCAAUUACCCGUCUGGUUGGUUCAAUUAUUAUUGCUUUGUGGAUUAUUAUUAACACGUUACGUUUAAAUGAAUUUGUAAUUCCAGCUAUGUUGUGGUAUGAAUGUAUGUGUUCUUGUUGUAGCAUUAUGUUGUCAGCUAUAUUACUAUUACAACAAUACUUAUUUGGGAUGAGUGAAUAUAAAUUAUCUUUAAUUGUAACUUUUAGAAAUUUAUUACUUCUAAUCAUUGAGAUUUUCAUAAUGUUAAGGGCUUCUAUUUACCUCACUAUUUGCACAGACAUAUUUGUUAUUCGCUCUUUCACUAGUUUUUGUCUAUCUUUGAAAGAUACAUUUGCGUUGUUAAGACAAAUUCCAACAAUAAUCAGUCUAACUCGUAUCAAAGAGACACAUCUAGACCAACCAGAGUUAUGUGUAAUAUGUCAAAGUGUAACUGAAACGGGCGUUGUUUUACAAUGUCAUCAUGUGUUUCAUAAAAAUUGCAUUCUAAAUUGGAAAACUCAGUCUAGUUUUUGUCCUGUGUGUCACCAAACAAUGUCUUUGGCAUCAAAAACAAAUGAUAAUGAUAUUUCUCUUCAAUGGGAUGUAAGAGAAUUAUAA